AUGGAUGUCACAAUAAAAAGACACCGAGGCUCACGAUUGGAGAACGCCGAUCAUUCAGGAGCUCAGCAGCUCACUCUCCCAAGGAAAGGAGAAACGAUUGCAGCCUUCAUUAAAGAACAUAUCAUUUGCCGCUUCGGUGUGCCAAAGCAUAUCAUCACUGAUAACGGCACUCCCUUCGCCAACAAACAGGUACGAGAGUUACUUGAAGAGUAUGGAAUUAAACAGGUCUUCUCCACUAUCUACUAUCCUCAAGGAAAUGGACAAGCUGACUGUACCAACAAGACACUGAUCCGGAUCAUCAGUCCAACAGUGCAUGACAAUCCUAGAGAAUGGCAUGACCAGUUACCAAUGGCGUUAUGGGCAUAUCGAACGUCACCCAGAAGCUCCAUUGGAGUUUCCCCAUACUCACUUGUUUACGGUGCAUACACAAUUCUCCCAGCAGAGAUCAAAAUCCCAUCAGCCAGGAUUGCAGCAGUAAUCGGGGUCCAUUGGGAUGAGGCUGAAAAAUCCAAAUCUAGAGUAGCGGAGUUCGACACUCUGGAUUUCAGAAGAAUCAAAGCAGAAGAACACACUCACGUGUACAGGAAUAGAAUUUCUAGUGGCAUACAACAAAAUUGUGAAACCACGUGUUUUCAAAGUGGGGGAUUUGGUCUUGAAAACGGCCAAACACAUCCAGCAAGACAUGUCCGCACCGAAAUUCUCACCGAAAUGGGAAGGUUCUUAUACGAUCACCAAGGCUUACAGUAUCGGCUACUACAAGAUCAUUAA